AUGGACCUCACACCACCAUCAUUAACAAGGUCGCCGGCGUCUUCAACUCACACCUAUUGUCCGUCGGAGCGGUCUUCUCUGGAUUAUCCAUCUCCAGAUCUCUCAGCCCAGCAGUACAAGCUUGCCUCCCUAUACGCCGCUGGCCAGCUGUGUUCUCUGGGCCAGGCAGCCGAGGCUGAUACGUCUCUGCCGCCUCUGGAUUCCACUGCAACCACUGAGUGGACCACACCCGACGUCAUGGCACCAGCAUCUUCAUCUUUGUCCAUCCCGAAUGUUCUGUCAUCGGAAUAUGAUCCUUUUUCAGAAUAUGACCCCCCUGUGGUGGCCUCGUACGGAUCCGAGACUUAUCCUCCGCCGCCCUCGCACUCUUCUUCAGUUGGAAACCCGCCGCAUUCGCUGGCAGAUGCCACCGGUCGUUCGCCUGCACCAUCAUCUACAAGAAGCUCAUUUUCGUAUACCCAUGGCGGCCAUUCUGCAGCCCAUUUAGGUACGAGGAUCAAAAUGGAGAACGUCAAUGACUAUGGUUCAGGAGUUGAUGUUUCUCAUUACCCCUCGCCACGCUCGAUGCAAGCUCCAUAUAUGACGGAGCCGGGCCAUUACGCAAGCCCACAUCAGAGUUACUUGUCAGACAGUCACUCGCCGGCCUGGUCAAAAUCCGAGCUUGAUGCUGAUGCUUACUAUCAAAACCAGCCGACGGGGGAGUCCAGCCCGCCUUACCACAAUAGCUCAAAACGUGUGGAUCAACUAAAACACAGCCGACCGAAGAGGGCGUCACGUCGUAUGACAACAGCAGCGGAUGCCAAUUACCAGUGUGAGGUCAAGGGGUGCGGCAAACUGUUCAGUCGCAGUUACAACUACAAGGCCCAUUUGGAGACCCACGACGAGAAGAGAGAGUAUCCCUUCCCCUGUCCAGUGGCCGACUGCAACAAGAAGUUUGUAAGAAAGACAGAUUUACAACGACACAACCAGAGCGUGCACAUGAAGGAAAGGAACCAUAAAUGCGAUUACUGCAGUCGCCUCUUUGCUCGCAAGGACACGCUUCGAAGACAUAUGGAAGACGGCUGUUCUAAGCGGUUUGAUGUUGGAACUUGUGACCUACGUAUCGACGGCUAUGAAGGUGUGGGCGCGAUCAAUCGCAGUGUAGGAGGAUCCGCCCAUCCCUUGGUACCAGCACACGGUACUCUUCCGCCGAUUACGAUGCCUAUGGAUACCAGUAAUGGCUUACUACACCCGGCGUCUUCGGCAAACAGGAGCAGAAGCGUCAUGUCCGGCACGAGCGAUGGUGGUCAAAGCGACAGCUGGCCACGAUAA